ACAAUUACGUCACGUUCCCUUCUGGUCGUUCAUUGAAAAGAAGUCGAGAGUGUUCGUCACCGUUGCUGCCGUCGCCUGUCGCCAUCGUCCCCACCGUCGUCGUGGUCGUCGUUGUUGUGUCGUAUUUUUGGCCUUAAACCUCCCCCAGCCGUCCCCCUCACAAGCUACCUGCCACACAAUGUCCGACGACAAGAAGAAGCGUGUUUCGUACUGGUACUUCGGCGGACUGGCCAGUGCCGGUGCGGCCUGCUGCACCCACCCGCUGGAUCUGCUCAAGGUUACGCUGCAGACGCAGCAGGAGGGCAAAAUCUCGCUGCUGCAGCUGACGGGCAAGGUCGUGCGCACACAGGGCGUACUGGCGCUGUACAAUGGCCUGUCCGCGUCACUCCUGCGCCAGCUGACGUACUCGACGACCCGGUUCGGCAUCUACGAGGUCGGCAAGCAGGCGAUGGGCAACGACUCCGGCUUCCUGGGCAAGGCGGCCCUAGCCGGUGCGGCCGGAGCGGCCGGCGGUUUCGUCGGCACACCGGCGGACAUGGUGAACGUGCGAAUGCAGAACGACAUUAAGCUUCCGGUGGAGCAGCGAAGAAACUACAAGAACGCCGUCGACGGGUUGUUCCGGGUGUAUCGGGAGGAAGGAUUUGCCAGGCUCUUCUCCGGCGCGUCCACCGCCACGUCCCGCGCCGUGUUCAUGACGAUCGGGCAGCUUUCGUUCUACGAUCUGGUGAAGGAUCUGCUGCUGCAAUCCGGCCACUUUGGUGACAAUCUCACCACCCACUUCCUGUCGUCGCUAACCGCGGGUGCCAUCGCCACCACCCUCACCCAGCCGCUGGACGUGCUGAAGACGCGUGCGAUGAACGCGAAGCCGGGCGAGUUCAGCGGCGUCUGGGAUAUCGUGCGCUUCACGGCCCGGCUCGGGCCGCUCGGGUUCUUCAAGGGCUACGUGCCGGCGUUCGUGCGCCUCGGGCCGCACACCAUCCUGACGUUCGUCUUCCUGGAGCAGCUGCGCAUGAACUUUGGCUACCUGAAGCCGUAAGCGCGGUUCGGUUCCCUCUUAGGCUGUGUGUUGCGGGCCAUGCAAAAACAACCAUGCCACAACCAUCACACACAUCACCCACUCACCUCUACUAUCCACUAACGAUUUACCGGUUACGGGUUACCGUGAGCUUUUAGAGCAAUUUUGACACAUUCCACUAACGAACAAGCAUCAGUCACGAGUCACACUCGCGUGUAGGGAUUUGGCAUUGCAUCGAAUGCAGUUACCGUGCAACGGGCGGUAUCGAACAUGUUACGGAGGUUUAUACAUAUUUUUUGUUGGUUUUUCUUUUAAUUUGCACAAAAAAACUAGAAUUUUACGACCGCGCUACCUACUCACACAAGCGUCGGGAAGUGCAAAAAGGAGUAGCAAUAGUGAGGUACGGGAAAACCAUCCCAAAAGGAAUCGCAAUAAAUAUUUAUCAACGUUA